AUUUUUGUGAACAACAAAUAUUAUUUCAACUUCAAACCAUAAUGUUUAGGUUUUAAAAACAGAAUUAUAUAACUGUAUCCUCAUAACUCUAAAAGAGGGUUGUUAAUUGUUAAAAACCAAAUAUGAAAUUAGGAUAUUAUGAGCUUGCUGUAGCUAACUUACCCCACCCUACUAUAUUAGGCCUAGUAAUAUAUCUUGAUGUGAUUAAGAAAUGUCCUUUAAAAUUUAAAUAUGGGAUAUUAUUUCCUAACAGUUUUCGUCUUACCCCACCAAACUAUAGAAAGUUAUUGCUUAGUAAUAUCUGGUUGUUAUCAUAAAUCAUGUGAACUUGAAACCAUAUUGUUUAGGUUUUACUGUAGUCACUGUAGUAUGUACUGAUCUGUUGUUAAAGUUAAAUUUAGUUUAAAAUAUAAAGAAUGGAAGAAAGAUCACAAUAUGUUGGAACUUCUAAACGAGGAAUCAGCAGGGAGUUCGAGAUCCGCGUACCAUGGGGGAUAAUUGCUGGAAAAACAUUUGGAGAUCCUGCCAACCCCCCAGUGUUGUGUUACCAUGGGUGGGUGGAGAACUGCAACACAUUCGAUCAACUUAUUCAACUUUUACCUCAAGAGAGAUGCUACGUGGCCAUAGACAUGCCAGGGAACGGGUUGUCCUCAGGUUUCCCACAAGGAACUUAUAACACUUUGUUUGAUCAGGUUGCUAUCAUUGAAAGAGUAGUACGACAUUUCAAAUGGAAAGUUGUGACACUUAUGGGACACAGCAUGGGUGGUAAUGUUCUUGGAAUGUACAGUGGAACGUUUCCUGAUAAAGUUGACAAACUGAUUCUUAUUGACACGCUUGGAGUUCACCCAGUGCCAGCAGUUACAGCUCCCCGUUUGAUGGGUGAAUCAAUCAAGGCAAAUUAUUCAGUUGAAUAUCCUCAAGCAAGGAAAAGAUAUCCAUAUGAUGUAGCUAAGUCUAAACUUCUUGAUGGGAAUAUUGCAUUGGAUGGUGAAGCUGCAGAUAUUCUGCUUGAGAGAGGUUUAGUGGAAAAUCCUGAUGGAACCUUUACAUUCACCCACGACAUAAGAGACACUUUUCCUCACAUAGUAACUACCUCCCCUGAGGUUUGUCAACAGUUUGUCACAAAGAUUACCGCGGCUACACAACAUAUCAUAGCAAGUGAUGGAAACUUUUCAUCAUUGUCAGGUCAUCGUAAAGAAGUCACCGAAAAACUAAUGGAUUGUUUCACUUCAUGCAAGUAUCAUGAGAGUGUUUAUGUUGAAGGCAAACAUUAUGUUCAUCUAACUCAUCCAGAAUUGUUGGUUCAACCAAUCUCAUCUUUUCUACAAAGAAACAUUUCUUCCAAUCUAUAGUUUUAUCUGCUAUAGUGUUAUCAGAACUUUAAGAUAAAUUUUUGGUCAAAUUUAACGAUCUUAUUGGGCCACAGUAUGUGUAUUCCCAAUACUGUGAAGGUGCUUGUGCAUAUUCUGCUGGUUUUAAUUUCCUUACAAUCAUUCUUCUGUAACUUCAAGUAUUAAGUUUGUUGUUUUUAAUUCAAACACAAUUAUUGGGAACAUAUAUGUCUUUAAAGUCCUUUUUUUCGAACAGUU